UUUUUGGGAAUAUCUUUCCUUUUUUUUUUUGUAAUAAAGCUACACUUGAGCGUAGGAGAUGAAAGAAGUCGACCCAAUCACUUUCACAGUUGAACUCGGCCAUUUAUACGAGAAGUCUCUAACAUCAGGCACAGUGUCUGUCACAAUGAAAAGAAUGACUGUGGAUCGCUUAAUAAAGGCUUCUAAAGUGAAGAAGGAAAUGCCUAAGGGCGGUCAAGAAGUAGUCGAUAACAAGGAUAAAAAGGAUACUAUCCAAUAUCCCUGUAUUGUCCGUGCAGUUUACAAGAAGGUUAAAAUCAGCACAAUUGUUGCUCCUGCUGAUUUUGACAGAUUUCAAAAUGCAUACAGUACCGUUAUAAGAGCUUAUAUGGAUACUUUGAAAAAGAAAGAACGCGCAAAGAAAGUGAAAAAGCCUACAGCGACACCUAAAUCAACAGAGUAAAACGAGAAUCGAAGUCUCAGUAUGAAAAGGAUAUUUGAAUUGUGCGAUUCACUUUAUGGGCGAAC